AUGGCUGUGGGUACAGAACGCCGCGCGAAGAAGACGGCAGCUAGAUUAGAGCACUCGUUGCUUUUACAGCCCCUUCAGGACGCCAUGUCAUUCAAACCCCCGAACCAUAACACUGGGUUUGGUCGUUCCCAUGCCGCCGACACUGCUUCUACACCAAGCCCCACAGAUCGACUCGAAUCCGCCCAUGAUUCUGCGACCGGUCAGGAACCCGCUACCCAACCUCACCAACAUUCGAAUAAGAAGAGACGCUCCUCAAAGAGCAAAGUACCGGGAGAGCUCCGCAAGUCCUCAUCAACUCCACACAUGCGCCACUUAGCACUUGGAAACCCUGGUGACCUGUCGCCAACAAGUAACAAACCGAGGAACAAGCUAGGAUACCAUAGAACCUCAGUUGCUUGUGGGCAUUGCAGGCGCAGAAAGAUACGAUGUCUUUUAGCUCCCGACGAUCCCGCAGGCCGUUGCUCCAACUGCAUUCGGCUGAAAAAGGAAUGCAACUUCUACCCAGUUGAGCAUAACCCUGAUAUGCCGCAGCCCCAAUCUAUCUCAUCGAAGUCGGGUAGUGCAGUUCAACCAGCUACACCUGUCUCUACUUCACCUCGGCACCCUUUGUCCUCCUCAGGCGAUGCCAUGGAGUUCCGUACACCAUUCUCUGGACCUGCGUCGAACGGGCAACCUCCAAGCUUCGGAUAUCAUGGCGACCACGACAGUGAUCCUCACCAUGCAUCUGUCACCAGUGGCCGUAGGUUUAAUGCUGCCUCAGGCCCGCAUUCGCUGACGAACAAAGUCCCAGUACAGCACCCUCCUUACCCUUAUCCUCCUCCAAUAGAAACCCAAUGGCCACCAACGAACAGUUUCCUACCUUCAUCCACCGUAGGCGAAAGCCCCACCUGGCGCAAUUCACCCUCUACCGCAAACUCAGCGUACGGGAGCGAAUCAAACGUUUCAGGUGGUCAUACACCAGCCGCGAUGAGUACGAGCUCGACCAUGUCAUACGGUCACCAGGACGGCCACUGGAGCCAGCAACCAUCGUUUCAACCACCAUCACGCUCGAUGUCAUACGGAAACAUUGAAGGACUUCCGCAACAAUAUCCAGGCCAAGGUCUCGGUAUCCAACACGAAAACUACCGGAGAACUUCUCCGUAUCCAUAUCCGACCUCGAUAGACACCAAUCCUUCCACAAUCCACGCGACCACGAUAGGCGCAUCCACAGCGGCGCCAUUAUCUGCACCCGUUGUUCCGAACCACUCGUAUUAUCCGGCUCCCUGGUCAUCAUACGACGCCAUGCCCAACCAUGGACCACCAAUGCCUACAGCUGGGCGUUCUAUGAGUGCGCAGUGGUAUGGAGAGCCAGGACAUCUCGACCGGGUACAAGAAGAGGUGACCCCACCAAUGGCAUACCAUCACCAAGGGUUACCGCAAUUCUACUCCGGAGCAUAG